AUGGAGAGCAUUUUAACGGUAUAGAGCAGGUGGGGUUUUUGUUCUCGUCGUGUAACGGGACACAGGACGCGGGGGUGAGCCGCAUAUCGCGUGCUUGCGUGCGUCAGAGAGGACGUGGUAGGACAGCUGGAGCGCGCGCGCCCGCCCGCCCGAAGAGCAAUAACAGCAUUUUCAGCGACAUCGCUCGAUUUACGCCAUGCAAAUAGCACGAGAAAAUGAAACGGGACUGGCACUAUAGAGAAUGUAAGACAGUUGUCGUGUAUCUGAUCUCCUAAUGCUUCCUCUAAUUUAUGAAUAACAAGAUUUGGGACGUUGCUUCACAGUCGCCAGAUCUCAGGGAAUAGUUAAAUCUUAACCACCAAAUACCCCGACAAACCCAAGCAGCAUGCCAGAGCAGAGUAACGAUUACCGGGUGGUGGUGUUUGGAGCAGGGGGAGUGGGCAAGAGCUCCCUGGUUCUGCGCUUCGUUAAAGGCACCUUCAGGGACACCUACAUCCCGACAGUGGAGGACACGUACCGGCAGGUCAUCAGCUGCGACAAGAGCGUAUGCACUCUGGAGAUCACCGACACCACUGGCAGCCACCAGUUCCCUGCUAUGCAGCGUCUGUCCAUCUCCAAGGGCCAUGCCUUCAUCCUGGUCUACUCCAUCACCAGCAGGCAGUCGCUGGAGGAGCUGAAGCCCAUCUACCAGCAAGUGCUGGCCAUCAAAGGUAACGUGGAGAACAUCCCCAUCAUGCUUGUUGGCAACAAGAGCGACGAGACCCAGCGCGAAGUGGAGACCAAGGAGGGCGAAGCUCAGGCAAACAUCUGGAAAUGUGCGUUCAUGGAAACAUCAGCCAAGACCAACACCAACGUGAAGGAGCUUUUUCAGGAGCUCCUGAAUCUGGAUAAGAAGCGUGAUAUGAGUCUGAACAUGCGCUCCAGCAAGCAGAGACGUGCAGACAAGCUGAAGGCCAAGUGCAGCGUGAUGUAGGAGGCUGGAUCCACUGUCGCAUCUCUCAACGUGUAACUGACUCCUCGAAAAUGUACAUAAGUCCCUCAACCUUAAAGGAACAGUGCGCACAAAAAAAAUGAAACUUCUGUCAUCGUUCACUUAUUGUCCUGUUAUUUUAACCCACAUGACUUUAUUAUUUCCAGGGAACACAAAGAGAAAUUGUAAUACACUGUAAUGCACUGGCCGCACUUGUCCAUGCAACCAAAAAACUUAAAAAAGGUGUGUUCUAAGUCUUAUGAGGGAGGUCAUAUGUGACCCUGGACCACAAAACCAGUCUUAAGUCGUUGGGGUAUAUUUUUAGCAAUAGCCAAAAAAAAAACAUUGUAUGGGUCAAAAUUAUCGAUUUUUCUUUUCCUACCAUAAAUAUAUACAAAUUAGAGCUUAGAUUCUCUGCCCGAGCCCGAGCCCGGACUCGACCCGACCCGACCCGCGGGC